AUGCAAGUGUCCUCUGUACUUCUCUGCCAGGGCUGUGCCUCAUGGCAGGGGUUUCUGCUCACAGCCUCCCUUUUAACCUGCUGGCACCUGUCUACCACUUCCCAAGUCACCAUUGAAUUAGUGCCACCCCAAGUGGUUGAAGGAGAAGAUGUCCUAUUCCUUGUCCACAAACUGCCAGAAAAUCUUUCGGUCUUAGUCUGGUUCAAAGGGUUGACAGUUGCAAAACAUGCAAUUGCACUGUAUGCAACAGACAUAAGAGAAAUUGUGAAGGGGCUCAUGUACAGUGAUAGAAAGACCUUGUACAGAAACGGGUCCCUGUUGAUCCACAAUGUCACCCAGAAGGACACAGGAUACUACACCCUACAAACCUUAAAUAGAAAUGGAACUAUUGUGUCAAAAUCAUUCUUUCUCCAUGUGAACGCCUUCCUUUGGAACUGUGGGCGCCUUGCUGCCUCUGCACAACCCAGUAUUGAAUCACUGCCACCGAUUGUUCCUGAUGGGAAAGAUGUCAUUCUACAAGUUCGCAAUCUCCCAGAGAAUCUUCUAGGCUUUGGAUGGUUCAAAGGGAUGACCCAGAUCAGGAGUCAUCUGAUUGGCCGAUACAUAAUAGAUGAAAACCCAGGUUUUUCUUUUGGGCCUGCAUACAGUGGUAAAGAGAAAUUGUAUACUGACGGAUCCCUGCUGAUCGAAAAUGUCACUGAGAAGGAUGCUGGACUGUACACCCUAGGAAUUCUGAGUACAGAUAUGAAGAGUGAAGAAGCACAUGUAGAAAUCCAGGUGGAGAGUCUUGUUUUUCAGUGCUGUAACUCUCUGACUACUGCCAAAUUCAUGGUAGAACCUGUGCCACAGUAUGCUUCUGAAGGAGAAAGUAUUCUUCUUCUCGUUCAUUAUCUGCCAGAAGAGGUGAUAUCCUUCUCCUGGUACUACUCAACGUAUACAGUCCCAACCUUUAAAAUUGUAGACCACCAUGUAAUCUGGAAUAUCACCACCUGGAGUGAUGCAUACAGAGAAAGAGGGAUGGUGUAUGCCAGUGGAUCCCUACUGCUCCUGGACGUCACUGAAGAAGAUGCAAGAAUGUACACACUAGAAACUUUAAACAUAGAUAACAAGGUUGAAAGAGCACAUGUGCAGUUUUAUGUAGACAAGCCUGUGACAGAGCCCUUCAUUCGAAUAACUGACACCACAGUCAAAGCAAACAGAUCUGUGACAUUCUCCUGUGUUUCACCGGACACCAGAAUUUCCAUCCGUUGGUUCUUCAAUAACCACAAUCUGCAGCUCACAGAUAGGAUAAAGCUGUCUCCAUCAAAGUGUGGACUCAGAAUAGAUAAUGUUAGAAGUGAGGAUGCUGGAGAAUACCGGUGUGUGGUCAUCAACAGAGCUGGUAAAGGAGUGGGCAGUCAGCCAGUCAGGUGGCCAUGA